AUGAAAUAUUCAGUAAAUGAAAGUGGACAAAUGAAAUAUUCAGUAAAUGAAAGUGAGCAAAUGAAAUAUUCAGUAAAUGAAAGUGAGCAAAUGAAAUAUUCAGUAAAUGAAAGUGAGCAAAUGAAAUAUUCAGUAAAUGAGAGUGAACAAAUGAAAUAUUCAGUAAAUGAAAGUGAGCAAAUGAAAUAUUCAGUAAAUGAAAGUGAGCAAAUGAAAUAUUCAGUAAAUGAAAGUGAGCAAAUGAAAUAUUCAGUAAAUGAGAGUGAACAAAUGAAAUAUUCAGUAAAUGAAAGUGAGCAAAUGAAAUAUUCAGUAAAUGAAAGUGAGCAAAUGAAAUAUUCAGUAAAUGAAAGUGAGCAAAUGAAAUAUUCAGUAAAUGAGAGUGAACAAAUGAAAUAUUCAGUAAAUGAAAGUGAGCAAAUGAAAUAUUCAGUAAAUGAAAGUGAGCAAAUGAAAUAUUCAGUAAAUGAAAGUGAGCAAAUGAAAUAUUCAGUAAAUGAGAGUGAACAAAUGAAAUAUUCAGUAAAUGAAAGUGAGCAAAUGAAAUAUUCAGUAAAUGAAAGUGAGCAAAUGAAAUAUUCAGUAAAUGAAAGUGAGCAAAUGAAAUAUUCA